CGUAAAUUGAAUUUCCGACAUAACCAGCUGGCCAAAAUCUCUGUUCUUCCCCUCUUCCGUUCCCGACUGCAGCUGGCCGGCUUCUCCCUCGCCUCCGUGUCUAUUGGCUGUGUCUAACGACAUCAACAACCACACAGCAGCCGCACUCUGUAUUUACUUCAACCAAGCCUUGGCGCUCAUAAGUGGGCAAAAUGGAUGUUGAAAUCGACCAUUAUGUUGUUCUAGGACUGCCUUCAGGUGAGGAAGGUGCCCAACUAUCGGACCAGGAGAUUAACAAGGCUUAUCGGUCUAAGGCGAGGGAGCUGCAUCCGGACAAAAGGCCCGACGAUCCUAAUGCACAUGCUAACUUUCUUAAGCUUCAAAAUUCUUAUCAAGUUCUCAAAGAUGAAAAGGCUAGAAAGUUGUUUGAUGAUCUACUUAGAAUUAAAAGGGAGAAGGUUCAGCGCCAAGGACAGCAAGAUUCCAAGCGCCGGAAGAUGAUGUCAGAUCUUGAGGAAAGAGAGCGGUCUGCUUUUGCUGCUGACCCCACUAUGAAAGCUCAAGAAGAGGAAGAGAGAAUAUCUCGGCAGCUGAAGCAGGAGAUUGCUAGAAUUAUUGCUAUGCAUUCCAACAAAAAACCAGCUGCUGCAGCACCUUCCAAGCAAGAUGGAGCAGCAGAUGGGGGAAGUGGAGGUGGAGGUAAUGGGCUGGACAAGGCCAAGGUUCUCAAAGUUUCAUGGGAGAAGACUGGUGAAGGUUACACAGCUCAGAGACUCCGUGAGAUAUUCAGAGAAUUUGGCUAUGUAGAAGAUGUAGUCAUUAAAAGUACCAAGAAGAAAGGUUCAGCUCUUGUAGUGAUGGAAUCAGAGGAUGCUGCCAUUGCUGCAACUGGGCAUGUGUUGGGUGAUCUUUCAAAUCCUCUCCUUGUAGUGCCUCUUCAACCUGGUUCGUCACCGGCUGUUUUUAGUGCUGAGAAAAACGAGCCUGAUGGCCCUAAAUUGAGCAAUCUUGUUGGUGCUGGGUAUCAAGAUUUUGAAAAUUCGGUGCUGGAAAAAAUGAAAAAGGCUGCGCAGAAGCAAAAAUGACUCGUAAAAGGAUCUUGGAGGUGUAAGAAGAAGAAUUACAUUAUGGAGCAUUGAGAGUUUGCAUCAAACCUAUACUGCUGUCUGUUUCAGACAGAAGGUAACUAGUUUAUAUGCCUUCUUAUACUGAUACACUUCUCUGUACCCACAUUGAUAACCAUAUUUAGAUUUAACAAUUGAGUACACAAAUCGAGCUUUAGGUUUUCUCCUUUUACUGCAACAAAAGGCUUGAAUUGAAGGGAUCUGUUCUUGUUCUGAACAUGCUAGUGUUGUAAUGUAAUGAUAUGCUAAGAUGUGAGAAUGCAAAUGCCAAGUUUCUAUUC